UCGUUCCGCUUACCAGUGCAAAUCUGACCUUUCGUGUGUCCUAUCGUGCCGCUCGAUUUCUUAAAAGCGCUUUUAUAGUUGUUUACAAUGAAAUUCAAUUAUGUUCUAAUUCGGGAAUAGAAUUUGUUUGUACAGAGAGGUGCACUGAGAAGAGGAAGCUGCUUGGAUUCGGUUUGCCCUGGAAAAACAUGCUAUUCACUUGGUGAUAAGGUGAUCUUUGAGACCAUUCCAAUCGAAGAUGUCUAAAAGCGGGUACACCUGUGUCAGACUGGUAUUUUGCUGGUUAAACGUGUUCUUAUGGGUUACAGCUUGCAUUUUACUGGGCCUUGGCGUUUGGUUAAGACUAUCACACGAAGGCUUAGUAACCCUUGUCCCUCAAUAUGAUUACCUAAGUUUGGACAUCAUCUUCAUGGGCAUUGGAACUCUAGCCUUCUCCUUAACAUUUUUAGGAUGCUGUGGUUCUUUGUUCCAGAACAGAUGCAUGCUCAUCAUGUAUUUUGUCUUGGUGAUUUUACUUCUUGUAGCCGAAAUAAUAUGUGGUACCACAAUUUUUGUGUUCAGAGAAGGACUGAACCAUUUUGUGAGGGAGGAUUUGAAGAAUGGAAUAAUGCUUCACUAUAACGCUAGUACUGGUGGGCCAUUUAGUUUACCUAAAAUUUGGGACCGUAUUCAAUUACAGUUCAGAUGUUGUGGAGUUGACAGCUACGAGGAUUGGUACCUCAUAGGUGCAUGGCCAAAAGAAAGAUGGGUUCCAGACUCCUGUUGUCUGCCUGCAGUUAGAGAAAAAGGUUGUGGAAGAACUGAUGCCGAUAACUGGUACGAAGGUGGCUGUUAUCAGCCUAUCUAUGCCUGGUUUUUGAACAGACUGACCACUUUGGGGGUUGUUGGAUUGAUUGUGACUUUCCUACAGCUAUAUGGAAUGAUAUCAGCGAUGCUGCUAUUUUGUACCAUCAAACAUAAAAUAUUGACGAGGAAAUAUAAGUCUUAUAAAACAUAACACUGUAAUCAUAUUCAGGAAGUCUGAUCGGUCUGAUGCUUCUGUGUUAAUCGAAUCAAAUAAUCAAGAAGAGGUACAGAAGGCCAAAGAUAUAUGCCAAGAUUACAAAUAGAGGAAAAUAUUCUAUAUAAUUGUGUUUUCCAGUUGUUUAUAAUGCAUAUUUUAUUCUACUUCAAUGUUUUAUACUAAAUCGAAUCGAUUGAUGUUUAUUAAUAAAUGUUCCUUGUUUUUAUUA